GAAAUUAUGCAGAACGAAUUGGAUAUUUUUUCAUUAACAAAAGAAAUUGAAGAUGAUUCAUCUGAAGAACAGGAUGAAUUUAUUAUUUCAAAACAAUUACAAGCGCAAAACAGAAAAAAGAAAAAAUCGGGUGGCUUUCAAUCCAUGGGAUUAAGUUAUCCAAUAUAUAAGGCAAUACUUCAUAAAGGGUUUAAAGUUCCAACCCCAAUACAGCGCAAGACGAUACCAUUAAUUAUGGACGGUAAAGAUGUAGUGGGCAUGGCUCGCACAGGUUCCGGCAAGACCGCUGCAUUUUUGAUUCCGAUUAUAGAAAAAUUAAAAGUUCAUUCUGCAAAAGUUGGUGCUAGAGCGAUUAUAUUGUCUCCUUCACGUGAACUAGCUCUUCAAACGCAAAAAGUAUGCAAAGAGCUUACUAAAUAUACAGAUUUGAGGACCUGUCUAUUAGUUGGUGGUGACAAUUUAGAGGAUCAAUUUGCGAUGUUUGCAAACAAUCCUGACAUUAUAGUAGCAACACCUGGGCGUUUUCUUCAUUUAAUUGUGGAAAUGGGACUUGAACUUAAAACCGUUGAAUAUGUUGUUUUUGAUGAAGCAGAUCGAUUAUUUGAAUUGGGAUUUUCGGCACAGCUUCAUGAAAUAUUGCAUAGGCUACCUCAAUCACGUCAAACCAUGCUUUUUUCUGCCACUUUGCCAAAAUCACUCGUGGAAUUUGCAAAUGCUGGGCUUCAAGAUCCAAGUUUAGUGCGACUAGAUACAGAUACCAAGAUUAGUGCCGAUUUAAUGAUGGCAUUUUUCUCUGUGAAACAAUUGGAAAAAGAAGCCGCAUUAUUAUAUAUUCUAUAUGAAGUCAUUAAAAUACAUCUUACCCCCACUUCAUCAGCCACUAUAUCUAAAAAUCCUAAUAAUAAAGACGACAAUUCAUCAAGUACAAUGUCGCAAUCUUUGCUAUCUAAUCAAACAAUUAUUUUUGUAUCAACAAAACAUCAUGUUGAAUAUAUUACAAAUCUUUUGAACCUUUGUGGAUUUCAAACAUCAUAUAUUUAUGGUUCUUUAGAUCAAACAGCUAGGAAAAUACAAAUAAAUAAUUUUCGUGGUGGUCGAACCAACAUUCUGGUUGUAACAGAUGUAGCGGCUCGUGGAAUAGAUAUUCCAAUAUUGGAAAAUGUAAUCAACUAUGAUUUUAUAGAUAGUAGUAAAAUGUUUGUUCAUAGAGUAGGGAGAACAGCUAGAGCUGGCAAGAAAGGUUGGGCCUAUUCUUUAAUUACACCUGAAGAACUUCCCCAUUUACUUGAUCUUCAACUUUUUCUUGGCCGUCGAUUGCUAAUUGGUUCAGCCACAGAUUCAACACCUGAUUAUACAUCAGAUAUUAUUAUCGGGUCCUUUCCCAAUGAUCUUCUGGGAUCUUAUAUGGAAUGGGUAAAAGGAAAACAACAAGAAGUUAAUGACUUAAAAUCCCUUUGCGAUGUGGCGAAAAAUGGUUAUAAGCUAUUUUGCAAAUCUAGAUCAUCAGCAGCUCCAGAAAGUUAUAAACGAGCAAAAAAAGUUAUAGAAAUGAAUAAUUUGAAUGACGUGCACGUUCUUUUUG